UCUCCGCUCGAAUCUCUACAGUUGUUUUCUUGAAGCGACCGAAAGGCUGCCAAACAUGCUGGCCGAAUGUUCGAUAGGUAUAGCUUGACUGAUCGUUUUCCCGGAAAACAGCAGCGAACAUUAAAGAAAAUUUGUUUUUUUCUGAGAAAGGAAGUGUUUUGUGGGGGUAAAUCCCUGCCCACUGUAAGCAGAUUUUAAAAGGAACGAGAAAUUUGAAAAGGGUAGACCCACUGUGAGCACAUUUAAUGGUAAGAGCUAGGAGAUGUGUACACUUGCAAAGUAAAGCCAAGAGAAUUUCUAGGAAAUUACUUCAUCAUGUCAGAUGUCGGCGUUGCUUUCUCCGGUGGUGGAAUCCGCUCGGCUGCAUUGACUUCCGGUGUGUUGCGAAGGCUUCUGGAAAGCGGAGCUGAAUUCGAUUACUUAAGCUGCGUUUCCGGAGGAGGUUUUACAGCCGCUGCCUUCUUGGAUUGGAAACACAGAAACAUAGGAAAGAAUGAUCGGGAAUGGCAUAAAAAAUUUUUCGAGCACAUGCGAAGCAGAGUUGGUUACCUCUGUAGUUGGGAACGCCCACUGCAAGGCAUUUUAGACAGCAUCAUACUGGUUUUUCUGCUGCUCAUAGUCAAUCUUCUUAUUCCCUGCAUCAUCUACGGCGCUGGUGCUAUUCCAUCUGCCUUCGUCAUCGAUUACGUAUUUGGUGUAGUCAUGCGCAAGGGCUUCAACUGCACCGAUGUUCCUCAAAUUUCAAGAGGACUGAACAUUACAGAGAGACAUUGCACUCGACAAUUCGAGAUCGGUCAACCAGAGGUGCGCGAGCAACUUUACCUGUUUUUUUUUCUAUUCCUCGCGUUCUUCGUGUCCUAUUUCAUCAAGACUAUCGUACCCAUGAGAAUUCGCUCGAUUGUGCGUUUCUUCAAGAUCUUAGACGGGUCGCUGCUCGCUUUGACCCUCUUCCCCUGGUUAAUACAGCAGUUUACUGGGGUGUUACCCAGCUGGCUUAACGCGCUUAUAAUCAUCCUAAGCAUCUUUUUUUGGUUUGGAUUUCCACCCUUAAGAGGCGAAGUAUCCCUGGUACUAAUGACUUACUUUUAUGCAUUCGUUGUAAAGUGGCGAGUGUAUGAGACCAGUGUUAUGGGUAUCGUGUAUGAAGAACAACUUUUCUACACUCUCCUCCUCAUUUCUGGAUUUUGCUUAUGGAUAACUCCUUUUAUUGGAAUGUUCAGCACCACGGCAGGUUUUACAUACUAUAAGUGGAGAUUGCAGCGAGCAUUUUUCACGGAGGAAAGCGUUGGUUCGCUUGGUUGUAAAGGAAUCGGUUGCGGCGACUUCUUUCCAAUCCUGUCGUGUAAUCGUCCGAAACACAAAAUUUACCCUAACCCUAACCCUAACCCUAACCCUAACCCAGGAAUCGGUUGCGGCGACUUCUUUUCAAUCCUGUCGUGUAAUUGUCUGAAACACAAAAUUUACCCUAAACCUAACCCUAACCCUAACCCUAACCUCAAGCCUUCAAAUGAGCUUUUGGUAAACCUUCGACAAUUUUUUUUUAUUUUCGCUCGUUUUCUAUUCCCUUACCUCAUUGUGCUGUUAACAUUUUUGUUUCAGGUUUUAACAAUUUUAAUCCAGAGCAUCGUAGCCCUCCCGAUGAUAUUUCUUGCAGUCAUUUGGUUUUCUAGUUAUGAAAUUAGAGCCGAGGGUGUGGUCAUAGCCGAGGGUGUGGUCAUAGCCUUCUUUGUGGUUUAUCUUGUGAUUUUUUUUGGUAUAGCCAUGUUGCCAACUGGCCAUGGCGAUGCAUCACCAUAUAGCUACCUGGAGAGCUUUGCAAGAUGGUGUCAUGCGCACUUAUACCAUGUUCGAAUGUUGCGCGAGUUCUUUCAAGUAGAUCAUGUCGGCCCCAGUCCCCCAGCACUGUUAUCUCUCAGUGACGGUGGUCGCCUGGAGAAAUUUGGUUUGCUACCACUACUGAAGAAAAGACUAAAGCGAAUUUUAAUCGUGGAUGGAAGUUACAUAAGGAGCGACGAAGACUACGCCAAACAGAUACUGAGAUCGAUGGAUCAAGCCAGAAAGGACCUGAACUGUGAGUUUCUGGGAAACUAUGGCCGCGAUGUGAAGCAGGAGAUGCGCGAGAAGUACGUUGACUUAUCUCAAGGUAACCAGCCAAGGUCUUAUAGAUUUAGGGUUCAGUAUGACGACAGAGAACAACACAAUGAAGGCAACGAGAGAGUGAGAGAAGGCGAAAUAAUGAUCAUUGCUCCGCGUCACCCCAACGACGGAGUGAGGGACUCCGCGGGGAUCACUUGGAAAGAACCUGGGGGACUUGACACUAGCCUGUGGGGUAAUAGUCCCGUUCUCAAUAAAGAAGAUGUUGAUCAGUUGACCUUCUGCUGCUGCAAGUGUUGUCAUUCAAGCUCCAAAGUACUUCAGGGGAUAUCUGAAAAGCUUUGUAUGAGAUUCCCACGCACGACAACUGUCAAUCAAUUCUUUACGUCCUCUCACUUUACGGCCUAUCACCGCGAGGGGUAUCGCGCCUGCGUUGAAUCUGAUGCCGUGGCAUUUCUAAGGGGGAGUGACGCGUAUGUUGUUUAGAGAAAUAGAGAACUUUACCUUUACCUUUACACAGAAGAACUGUGACUGGUUGUCAGGAGCGGAAUGAAUUAACCGGCCCAUGGGAAAACUUAUACACAUACUUCUUUAGAAACUCCUUUUAACGAAGAAGGAUUUUCAAAGUUCAGCAGCUUUCUAAAUCUUUCCACUUUGCAAUUUUUUUCUGCAGAUUUACAAUGAUUUCAUAGGUUGUUGGAGAUUUUUAGUCCUAUAAUGCCACUAGAAUAAUUUUUUGUAAGCUUCCAGAACCUUUUAGAAUCAGGCCUCAUGAGGAAUAAUUCACCUAGCCAAAUUAGUUGUUGUCGGCAAAGACCGGCUGGUUAGAGAAACUUUAUGGAGCUAUUAUUGUCAUUUUUUUGUCGUUUAAUUAAUACCGUAACAUAAGUAAAAGUUCUUGAGUGAAGUUACUAUGUUAACUUCAAUAAAAUGAACGCUUGAAACAGUA